AUGUCCUCUCAUCCAGAGAAAGAGGAGAAAAAGAAGUGGAAGGACCUCAAGCUGAUGAAAAAACUGGAGCGGCAGCGGGCCCAGGAAGAACAGGCGAAGCGCCAGCAGGAAGAAGAGGCUGCUGCACAGAGGGAGGACCAAGGUCGGCCUUACACCCUGAGCGUGGCCCUGCCAGGCUCCAUCCUGGACAACGCCCAGUCACCGGAGCUUCGCACCUACCUGGCUGGCCAGAUUGCCAGAGCCUGCACCAUCUUCUGUGUGGAUGAGAUUGUGGUGUUUGAUGAAGAAGGCCAAGAUGCCAAGACUGUGGAGGGUGAAUUCAGGGGCGUUGGCAAGAAGGGGCAGGCGUGCGUGCAGCUGGCCCGGAUCCUGCAGUACCUGGAGUGUCCGCAGUACCUAAGAAAGGCGUUCUUCCCCAAGCACCAGGAUCUCCAGUUUGCAGGGCUUCUGAACCCCUUGGACAGCCCUCACCACAUGCGUCAGGAUGAGGAAUCCGAGUUCAGAGAAGGCAUCGUGGUGGACCGGCCCACCCGGCCAGGCCACGGGUCCUUUGUCAACUGUGGCAUGAAGAAGGAGGUGAAGAUUGACAAGAACUUGGAGCCUGGACUUCGGGUGACGGUGCAGCUGAACCAGAAGCAGCUCCCAGAAAGCAAGACCUACCGGGGGAAAGUCGUGUCUUCGCAGGACCCUCGCACCAAAGCCGGUCUCUACUGGGGCUACACAGUCCGGCUGGCUUCCUGCCUCAGUGCCGUGUUUGCUGAGGCUCCCUUCCAGGACGGGUAUGACCUGACCAUUGGGACAUCAGAGAGAGGCUCAGAUCAGUCACUGAUCCCCUCUUAUGGGCACAGGCAUGCUCUCGUGGUGUUCGGGGGCCUCCAGGGGCUGGAAGCUGGAGUGGAUGCGGACCCCAACCUGGAGGUGGCUGAACCCAGCGUCCUCUUUGAUCUGUAUGUCAACACGUGCCCCGGCCAGGGCAGCCGCACCAUCCGCACCGAGGAAGCCAUCCUCAUUUCCCUGGCUGCCCUGCAGCCUGGCCUCACCCAGGCGGGGGCCCGUCAGGCCUACGACAGCAAAGCAGCAGCAGGGAAGCCAGAGGUUCCUGGGGUUCCCCCAGGACAGACACAGCCGUGA